UAGUACAUAUGAUUGACAUUUUCAUGUAUUUCAGUAAUUUAACCACAAAAUACUUUAUAGAACAAUCAUCCAAAAGUGUAAGUAUAUUUUGUUAGCGGGUAGCCGUGUACUGGACUUAAAAGCAUGCCUUAUGAUAAGCACCGGCGUUUUCUGCGUCACGCUACUUACGUUACAUGACCUAUGCUUUUCAGUUCAUCUAUGUCAACAAACAAGCUAACACGCUAACUAGUAGUUAGCUGGGUUAACCCUUUCAACGUUACAUUUUAGAACUAAAGCUGGAAUAAACGACCACAUUUCUUGACUAUGAAGCAACGUUAUAGAGGAAUGACUUGCCAAUAAAACUAACGUUGACGUUCGAGAGAACCUGCCGUUUCCUUUCAUUUAAUACCAUUGUAUUUUAAAUAUUGUAACAGUAUUUACAACGGCCUGUCACAAUCACGGUUGUAUUUAGACCUUCUUAUUCCUAUUCUUAUAAUCUAUAAUGUUAUGACGAGACGUUACUGUGCUAUCGGUUUGGUUCAUUGUGGUGGUUGGAUCAUUUCCAGUUAACGUACACGUUUUUUCGCUUUUAGAUAAUCCAGUGACGGACAGAGAUAUUCAGAAAAUCAUGGCAGAGCUCGGCAUCAGAACAGGCGACAAGGUACUGCUGGUUUGGGCCCAGCCCUCAGCACCAGCAGCCCUGAAGCAGUACGCAGAGGAACUGGGUGGCAUUGUUGGUGCUGGCUGCCAUGUGUCAGUGGAGAACAUGGAGAGAUUAUUGCUUUCCUCCCACUCAGCGUCCACCUUUGACUGGGUGCUUUCUUGCCUCCUGGCUGACAGCUCCUCCAUCCACAGCUCAGAGACUCUGGCUGAAAUGGCUCGAGUGCUCAAACCUGGUGGGAAGCUAGUUCUGGAUGAAGCAGUUACAGGAGCUGAGGCGCAGAGUGUGAAGACUGCAGAGAAGCUGCUGUCAGCUCUGAAGUUGUCAGGCUUCAUGUCCGUGACGGAGGUCAGUAAAGCAGAACUGAGUCCCGAGGCAUUGAGCUCCCUCAGGACGGCCACUGGUUACCAAGGAAACACUCUGUCUAGAGUCCGCAUAUCUGCCUCCAAACCUACCUUCGAGGUGGGAUCAUCCAGCCAGAUUAAACUUUCAUUCGGGAAAAAGCCAGAGAAACCAGCUCUGGAUCCCAACGCUGUCAAAAUGUGGACACUGUCAGCCAACGACAUGGACGAUGAUGAUGUGGACCUGGUGGACUCCGAUGCUCUGCUGGAUGAGGAUGACUUGAAGAAGCCAGACCCAGCUUCUCUUAAAGCACCCACGUGUGGAGAAGGAGCCACCAAGAAGAAAGCCUGCAAGAACUGCACGUGUGGUCUUGCUGAGGAGCUGGAGGAAAGUAAAGGAAACCAGAAGACUAAUCUACCAAAAUCAGCCUGUGGAAGUUGUUACCUCGGCGAUGCGUUCCGAUGUGCCAGCUGCCCGUACAUGGGGAUGCCAGCGUUUAAACCGGGGGAGAAGAUCGUGCUGGACAAGAAGACGCUGACAGACGCUUAAAACACUGGACUUCACACAUGCUACCCCCGCUCAACAUUUUACAUUCCUUUUCUUUUCCCCAUCCACCCCGGAGACACUUUCUGCCCGUUUGUCCACUCAGUGAGACACUUCUGCUUUGAAAUUACAACUGGUUUCCUCUGGGAUUCACCAGUGCAGAUUGUGAUGCCUUUGACUCCUGCUGUUGUCAAUUAUGAAUGAUAUUUUUGAGUUUCAUUUUAAUACAAUAAACUAAAGCGAGACUUCUGUU